AUGCCUCUUCUUUCAUUGCCACCAGAGAUUAUUCUGCUCAUUACCGACCAAUUGGAUUCCAAUAGUGAUUUUUCCCGACUUCUACUGGUCAAUCAUUUCAUACACAACCUUCUUAUUGGACAACUUUACAGACGAGAUAUUAGCGAUACCGGCGGUCUCGCCUUGCUGUUCUAUUCCAACUGGGGCUAUGACUCUGCCGCUCAGCAUAUGCUCGCUGCCGGGGUCAAUGCCGACAUUCGAGGGCCGCUUUGGGGCACCAGAACCCCACUUUUGCUCGCUAUAAGCCGGCACCAUACAACGCUCGUUAAAAUCCUCCUUGAUCAUGGGGCAUGCCCAAAUUUCAUGGAUAAUGUUAAACAUGGCCCGUUGGAAACUGCCAUUCUGAACAAAUGUGGGGAUGAUAUGAUAGAACUGUUGCUGGAUUAUGGGGCCGAUGUCAAUUUAAAAGGAUACCAAGAGCGUACUCCUUUAUUCACUGCUGUUAGUUCUGGCAAUUCAAGAGGAGUGGCAUUGCUUCUUGCUCGAGGGGCCAACGUUCAUGUUCGGGAAUCCAAAGAUGGAAGAAUCCCGUUACAUUUUGCAGCCGAAACAGCCGGGUCUUCCGAUGUGGUGAAGAUGCUCCUGGACCGUGGGUCUGACGUUCACCUCCGGACGCCUACCGGAGACGACGGCGGACAAACUGCACUUCACUACGCCUGCAAAAGCUGGGGCGGAGCCAGUGAGGUAAUUAGACUACUUAUUGACCACGGAGCUGAUGUGAACUCUAGAGACUUCCGUCAGCGCACACCUCUAUUUCUCGUUGGAGAGCGGAGUCGGGAAUCAGCAGAAGUGUUACUAGAGAAUGGUGCGGAUAUAUGUGCUAGGGAUGAGAGGGGAUGUACUGUGCUCCAUUACUCUGCGAAACAAAUGUCGGUGAAGAUGGUGACAUGGCUUUGUGAACAAGGCGCUGAUGUGAAGUGGAGCAACGAUAAUGACGAGACUCCAUUGUUCACGGCCAUCGGAUCACAAGUAGCCUGGAAAGAAACUCCUAGAAUAAUUCAGGCCCUCCUAGACCUUGGAGCAGAUGUGAACCACGAGAAUCGUCGAGGCCAAACCCCUCUUUGCCUCGCUGCUAGCAGCGGGUGUCCGGUGACGACAAAAAUGCUCCUCGAGCAUGGUGCAAACGUGCACAAUACAGACAAAGAAGAGAUGACCGCUAUACAUUGGUCCACCAGAACGCGAAUAGCUGGAUCUAGCAGUCAUGUAAUCUGUGAGAUAAUCGGGCUGCUCAUCGAACAUGGGGCUGAUGUUAACUCCCGCAAUCUUGCCGGUCAGACUCCACUGGGCAUGAAUCUGCAGUUGGGUACAAGGGACAAGGGCACCCUGCAAGUACGCAAGUACUUAAUUAAUGCUGGCGGGACUGAAUGA